CCCGCGUCACGUGGUCCGGCAGCCAAUAGGGAGGUGUCUCCUAAUUAGACAAAAUUGCUGACGGUCGCGUCCCCCGUUCCUCUUUGGCGGCUUCCUCCAUCAGUUAGGUAGGUGACAUCUGGACUCACAGCUGGCGCCAUGCUGCACCUGCACAAGGAGUGGAGCGUGUCCUUCGCGGGCUGUGGCUUCAUGGGGAUCUACUACGUGGGCGCCGUCAGCUGCGUGCUGGAGCGCUUCCCCGCGCUCCUGCGAGACGCGUCCGCGGUGUGCGGCGCGUCUGCGGGCGCUCUGAUGGCCGCUGUGGUGACGCUGGGGCUGCCGCUGGAGCGCUGCUGCGCGGACCUGAUGCGCGUGGCCCAGCGGGCCCGCAGCCGCAGGCUGGGACCGCUGCACCCGGCCUUCGACCUGCUGCGGGAGGUGCGCGACUCGCUGCGGCUCCGCCUCCCGGAGGACGCGCACGUGCGCGCCUCCGGACGGCUGUGCGUGUCCCUCACCAGGGUGUCUGACGGCAAGAACGUGCUGGUGUCGGAGUUCGGCAGCAGGGAGGAGCUGGUGCAGGCCCUUGUGUGCAGCUGCUUCGUUCCGCUCUACUGCGGCGUCAUCCCCCCCACGUACCGAGGAGUGCACUACGUGGACGGCGCCAUCAGCGACAACCUGCCGCGCUGCCACCGCAGCAACACCGUCACGUUCUCGCCCUACGCCGGCGAGAACGACGUGUGCCCGCGGCCGCGCUCGCUCUGGUUCCACCAGGUGCGCUUCAGCAACGUCAGCAUCCAGCUCAACUCGGAGAACCUGUACCGAGUGACGAGCACCUUCUUCCCCCCGGAGCCCGAGGCCAUCGCAGGAAUCUGCCAGAGCGGGUACCUGGACGCGCUCCGCUUCCUGCAGGAGCACGGUCUGAUCAGCAGCGACGGGCCCGGCAGCACUGUGGCCGGAGCCGCUUGUUGCGAGCGGGCGACGCGCGGUGAGGCCGAGCAGCGGGGGACGGAGCACGCGUGGCUCAACCCGCAGGUCAUCGCGCAGCUCCCCGCCAACGUGCAGAAGGUGCUGUGCGAGGCCUGCAGAGAGGCGCAGGGGCUCGUGUCCAGCAGGGGGAGCUCCUCCUCACGCUCUCUGGCCCAGAGGCUGACGGGUUGGAUCCCAGAUGUGCCCAAGGACGUGAGCUGGCUUUAUGGCAUGCUGCAGCACGUGUACAAAGCGUGGCAGGACGAGGACGAGGACGAGGACGAGGACAGUGAGAAGCCGCUGCGUCGCUGCACCAGCCUCCCUCUGGGCCUGAACCUGUGAACCUGAGGAGCCAGAGACCCCCCCCCACCACCCCCCCGCGCGGGCUGGAUCCGGAACAUGUCGUCUGCGUGUGAAUGAAUGUUUAAUGUUGAAGUGAAAAUCUACAAUAAAUGUCUGUUUCUAUUUA